GAUUCUCCAGGUGUGAAGUAAGCAAUUUGUUCUUCUCAUUUGAUACUAACAGGGAAAGGACAACUUUAUCUCUAACUUAUUUGACUUCAUUAUCCGGCUCUCAAUUAAGUUAACGACAUGAAAACCAUACAGAAAUUAUCGUGUGAACUACAAGAGCAAGAUUGAAGGACCUUGGUAAAAUAUUAAAGAUGAUAUGCAGAUUUUCUCUCACAACCAGGACUCCAACAUUGCAAGUGGAAAAGCAACAAAAGGAUCAAGGCAAAAAAGCAAAAAGCCUCUUUUCAGAAAACCAAGAUUUUCCCUUGAAGAUAGAAGUAACAUGAAGCCAACUGCUACUGUGAGAAAAUAGCAAAUAUUUCUUUGCUCAACACAAACAUUUUUGCUUCUAAGGAGGACGGGAAAGAUGAAAGACAGACUUCAAGAACUAAAGCAGAGAACAAAGGAAAUUGAACUCUCUAGAGACAAGCUCGUGCCCACCACAGAAGCAGAACAAGGGGUGUUUCUGCAGCAAGCUGUUGUUUAUGAAAGAGAGCCUGUAGCCGAGAGACACCUACAUGAGAUCCAAAAAUUACAGGAGAGCAUUAACAACCUGACAGAUGAUGUUCAAAAAUUUGGGCAGCAACAGAAAAGUCUAAUGGCUUCCAUGAGAAGGUUUAGUCUACUUAAGAGAGAAGCCAGCAUUACAAAGGGGAUAAAAAUCCAAGCAGAACAUAUUAAUAGAGGCUUAGAUGAUUUGGUGAAAGAGGUUAAAAAGUCAGAGACUGAAAAUGGUCCAUCUUCAGUGGUCACAAGAAUACUUAAAUCUCAGCACACUGCAAUGUUCCGCCAUUUCCAGCAAACUAUGUUUAUAUAUAAUGACACAAUAGCAGCUAAACAAGAGAAGUGCAAGACAUUUAUUUUCCGCCAGCUUGAAGUUGCUGGAAAAGAAGUACCUGAAGAAGAAGUAAAUGAUAUGCUUCACCAAGGGAAAUGGGAGGUUUUUAAUGAAAGUAUACUUACCGAAAUCAGUAUCACUAAAGCACAACUCUCAGAGAUUGAACAGAGGCAUAAGGAACUUGUUAAUUUGGAGAACCAAAUCAAAGACUUAAAGGAACUUUUCAUUCAGAUAUCUCUUUUAGUAGAGGAACAAGGAGAACACAUCAACAAUAUCGAAAUGAUAAUGAAUGGCACAAAAGAAUAUGUUAACACCACUAAAGAGAAAUUUGGACUGGCUGUCAAAUACAAAAAGAGAAAUCCUUGCAGGGCAUUGUGCUGUUGGUGCUGUCCACACUGUAGACCAAAAUAAAGAAAUUAUUU